AUGAAGGCUGGAAUUGCAGCCUUCGUAGCCGGGCUCCUCGGUGGGACGGGCGUUCUGCUGUUCCUCAUCGCUUUUGGGACAGAUUAUUGGCUUCUAGCUACAGAGACGUGUGGAGUCUUUGAGCAUGGAAAUAAUACUCUUCAGACUGGGGAGGCUGAAAUGCCAACCGAGGUCAGAAAGGAGAUCCUCACUUUCCAUCAUGAGGGCUUUUUCUGGCGGUGCUGGUUCUUUGGUGAAGGCGACGUGGGGACCAUCUGGAGCUUCUGGUACACUAGCCAAGCACAUCCCAAGUACUGCAUGCAUGGCUACCUGUUUCCCAUGCCCAUUGCUCUUGGACCUUUUCCUCACCUUCCCUAUGAUACAACUGCAGUGUACAGAGGCUUCUGGACGGCGUUCAUCACCGUGGCCGUGGCUGCCAGCCUGGUGGGGGGGUUCCUGCUGGUGUGCGGCGUGCCCUUUGUCAACCCCCGGUUCUACAAGGUCGGGGGCGGAUUCCUCCUCGCUGCUGGAUGCUUAUUUCUGCUGCUUGUGUUUCUGUUUGUGAUGUGGAAGGAGUUUGCAGCUGAUCUUCAGAAGUACAUUCUCCUGGAGAGAAGUGAGAAGUGCAUGGACGACGUGCCAGUACACGUGUAUUACGGAUGGUCGUUCAUGUUUGCUGCCGCGGGGGUGCCCUUGGUUUUGCUGUCUGGACUUCUCUUCUAUCUUGUUGGCAGAGACAUUAUGAAGUCCCUGGAGUAA